CCUUCAUAUUACUAUGGCAGAAAAUAACAACCCUGACCCAAACCCUAAUCCCACUACAGAAGUAGUAGCCAUCACAGUAACAGAGGAAAACAGCAAACCUAAAGAAGUUGCAGAAAGAAAGAUAACAGAUAAAGUAACCAAAGUUAGAAAAUAUGCUGGGUUAUUAUCAAUUAUAUCCUUCAUUCUGUCUCUUUUAAUCCUUGCUUCAGUUAUAUGGCUACUGUACAUGAAAGAUUAUGACUGUGAGAAGCACUUGAGGUUGCCAAACUUACAGAUUGGACUUGCCAUUUUGAUGAUCUUUGUUUUCUUAAUUAGCAACAUUGUUGUUUUUUUUAGAUCUCGAUUUCCAAUACCUGGUUUUCUGAUAGUUAUGGUACCUUUGAUUGUUAUAUUCACAAUGGGUCUUGCAAUUGUGGGAGCUGACAAGAUGGAGAGCAGGAGAAUAAUGGCUACACCAGUAUGGUUUAGAGAAAAAGUUCGAGAUGAAGAUCACUGGAGAAACAUUAAAUCAUGCAUCUAUAAUAGAGGAUUGUGCGAAGACUUGGCUUCAAGGUCACUCAAUCUCAAAGCAUAUGAUUUUAGAAUGAAGAAAUUAUCGUCCGUGGAGUCUGGAUGCUGCAACCCUCCUAUAAUAUGUGAAAUGGAGUAUGUGAAUGCAACAUUUUGGAAAAAAGAUGAAGGUAUUAGUGAAAAAUCUGAGGUGGAAGUUGGGGACUGUGAAACAUGGAACAAUGAUAGAAGCAUCUUGUGUUAUGAUUGUGAGUCUUGCAAAGAAGGUUUUGUGGGAAUAAUGGAAAAAAAAUGGUGGAAUUUAGGAAUCUUCCUCAUUCUCAUGGCCCUGUUUCUCAUCCUUGCUCAUAUAUCACUCUUCAUUGCAGUAAUGUGGGAGCACUAUAGUGAAUAGGACCAGAAAAAUUCAUACAUAUAUUCGUCUUAAUUUAAGCAGCAACAUUAGCACUGCCUUUUCUUUAUUUUUCGCACGUAUAUAUAUUUUUUUAUCAUUUCUUUUCAUUUUGUU